AUGCGACAGGUGCUUAGUGCCAUAGUCGCAGCCAUGUGGAUCCUGUGCAUCUUCUCUCUGCUCUUCACAGGCUCUGUGGCGCAGCUCGAUGUGUGUGGAAGGCCUCCCCUGGACACCAGGAUCGUAGGGGGCGCUGAAGCUCCCGAUGGGGCGUGGCCCUGGCAGGUCAGUAUCCACAGAGGAGGGGGGCACAUCUGUGGAGGGUCCCUCAUCAACAACCUGUGGGUGCUGAGCGCGGCGCACUGCUUCUUGAGCGGUAUCGCUGCAGACAACACGGUGUACAUCGGGCGCAAGAGCCAAGAGAAUGCCAACCCGAACGAGGUCAGCCGCUCCAUUGUCCAGGUCAUCAACCACCCAGACUACAACCGCGACACCAACAACAACGACAUGGCCCUGCUCAAGAUGGAAUCCUCUGUCACCUUCACCAACUACAUCCGGCCGGUGUGCCUGGCUGCCCCGGAGAGCACCCUGUACGCGGGCACCAACGUCUGGGUCACGGGCUGGGGCAGUGUGGCCUUUGGAGUGCCUCUGCCCUCCCCACAGAACCUGAUGGAGGUGAAGGUGCCCAUCGUGGGGAACAGGAAGUGCUUCUGUGCCUAUGGCUCGGGCAUCACAGACAACAUGCUGUGUGCAGGGCUGGACGAGGGGGGCAAAGACUCCUGCCAGGGAGAUUCUGGGGGUCCUCUGGUGAGGAAGCAGAGUGGCAUUUGGAUCCAGGCAGGCGUGGUGAGUUUUGGAGAAGGCUGCGCUGAGGCCGGUAAACCCGGAGUCUACGCUCGAGUGUCACGUUAUCAGAGCUGGAUCUUGAGCUACAUCACAGAGAACCAGCCCGGCUUCAUUAAUAUCACCUCCUCUGGGACCAACAGUGACCUGAGCGUCUCCUGCUCCGGUCUGCCCCCUGUCGCCACGGCAGCAGCAACAACAACACCAACAACAACAACAACACCAACCACCACUACUGCUCCUCCACCGGUGGUGUGUGGCCAGGCCCCUCUCAACAGUCGUCUGUCUGGAGGUUCCUCUGUGUCCAGUGGGCAGUGGCCCUGGGUGGUCAGUGUCCAGAAAGAUCAGGUUCACGUCUGCGUAGGGAGUCUGGUGUCGGAGAACGCCGUUCUGAGCGACGCCAGCUGCUUCCCCAGGUCCCUGAACAUGUCACAGUGGAGCGUGGUGCUGGGGCAGUCUGAGCGUGUAGCCGUCUCUAACGUCACUGUGAGUAACAGCAGUGCCUCAAAUGUGGCGGUGCUUCUUCUGGCCUCCAAACCCUCUCUGUCCAACCACAUCCAGCCCAUCUGCCUGGACGACGGACGCACCUUCGCUCAGGGAAAGACCUGCUACGUUGCCGCCUACAGCCAGGGGGCAACAGGGGAGCAGACCCAACAGGAGACCCAGACCUCCAUCAUGAGCUGCGGGAACGCCUCCUCCUCAGACACCCUCUGCACCGGGGUCUUCACUCUGCAGCAGGGGGACCUCGGGGGGCCUCUCAUGUGUAAACUGGGCAGCUCCUGGUUCCAGGCCGUGGUUCUGUCCAACAGCAGCAGCCCGCAGACCCGAGAGGCCGUCAUGAGCUUUACCAAAGUGAGCGCCUUUAAGGAGUUCCUCUCCUCCCGCCUGGGCACGUUCCUGUCCCCGGCGGCAACGGCCACAUCUGCCCCCAGCUCCAACUCCACGUCCAACUCCACCUCCAGUAGCCCCGCCCCCUCUGCACUCAGCCCCUCCCUCCUGCUGGCGUCCCACCUGCUCCUGCCUCUGCUGUGGCUGCUGCUCUGUGGAUGAGCUGUGUGUAACUGUACAUGAUGUGACUCACACAAAUGAAGGGAACAACCCGGAGAUCCUCAGAGCCGCACUUAAUAUUGUAAUGAUCUAUAAAUCUUAUGAUUAAUGAUAAAAAGGUAACACUUUAUAAUAACUACACCUUAUUU